GUUUUCGGGCGCAAAUCGUCUGAGACGUCUACGGGCAAAGGACACAACUCAGUUACGUGAAUCUCGAAUGUGCCUCAGAUUCAUUCAUAACUACAAUUUUUGUCCUUAAAAAAAACUGAAACAGUGAACGACGAGCUUCUCGGUGCGAUACCAGCCAGUGUUCACGGUAACGCCAGAUUUUAACAGCCAGGAUUGUUCAGAAGACACCAGGGAAACGAGAGAAGCUGCAACUCAGCGAAGGGGAAACCGAUUUGUUGAACAUAUUUCAUCACACCGAGCUCCCAUUUUACCCAUAUUGCUCCUCAGACAGCUUUCAUUACCUUCCAUGGAUGUGGCAGAUUCCUGAGCAAAGAGGAGAGGAUGACAUCGGAGGCUGCGGUCUCCACACCUCCUGCCAUAAGCAGCACCCCCGCCAAGAGGGACUACUACUGGCUUCGCUCCUUUGUCGCUGGAGGAGUAGCAGGAUGCUGUGCCAAGACUACUAUCGCUCCUCUGGACAGAGUCAAGAUUCUUCUCCAAGCCCAGAACCCCCAUUACAAACAUCUAGGAGUGUUUUCCACUCUCAGAGCUGUGCCAAAGAAAGAAGGCUUCCUUGGCUUGUACAAGGGUAAUGGGGCAAUGAUGGUCAGGAUAUUUCCUUAUGGAGCUAUCCAGUUCAUGGCCUUUGACAAUUAUAAAAAGCUGCUAAGCAAACAGAUUGGGAUCUCUGGACACAUCCACCGCCUCAUGGCAGGAUCUAUGGCAGGGAUGACUGCGGUGAUAUGCACCUACCCUCUGGAUGUGAUCCGAGCCAGACUGGCCUUCCAGGUGAAAGGAGAGCAUCGCUACACUGGAAUUGCCAACGCCUUCCACACCAUCUACCUUAAGGAAGGGGGCAUUUUGGGCUUCUACAGGGGACUUACCCCAACACUUAUUGGAAUGGCCCCUUAUGCAGGUUUCUCAUUCUUCACCUAUGGCACCCUGAAGAGCCUCGGCUUGAAACAUUUCCCAGAGCUGCUGGGACGCCCCUCCUCAGACAACCCUGAUGUCCUCGUUCUGAAACCCCAUGUCAACCUGCUCUGUGGGGGGGUUGCCGGUGCCAUCGCUCAGACAAUAUCGUACCCCUUGGAUGUGGCUAGGAGAAGAAUGCAGUUAGGAGCCGUGCUUCCAGACUCUGAGAAAUGCGUAUCACUGAGCAAGACCCUGAAGUAUGUGUAUAAGGAGUAUGGGAUCAAGAAGGGAUUAUACCGAGGCCUUUCUCUCAACUACAUCCGCUGUGUCCCCUCCCAAGCUGUGGCCUUCACCACCUAUGAGUUCAUGAAGCAGGCCCUGCACCUGAACUAGCCCCUGUUUUUGUACCCUCCAAGUCUGCACCUGGGCCCGAACGCUCUGAGUCAUUAAGCAGCUCGACCUCAAUGCUUCCUUCACAGAGGGAACCGAGACUCACUCGCUACGUCUUAAACUCUUUAAUGUGGGAAUUGCCUUUUCAGUGAGUUCCCUCAAAGGCACCAGGCACGUCAGUUAACGCUGACAAAGGAAACUGGACGUCUGACGGCAAGGUACUCUAUGUCUGAACUGUGUCAUUCCCUCUUACUUCCUGCUUACGUGACUCUCCACCUCUUAAGUGAUGAUUUACUCAGCCACUCGACAUGUGGCUUGAGUUUGGACAACUCCCUCAUCAGUGUCUCCAUGGAUACAGCAGGGGCAUCUUUGGUCUGCCUCGGUCGGUCGAAUGGCUUGGGGCAAUGAUAUGCUCUUAAACAAUGUUGCUGACAACAAAACAACAACCCUCUGAUUGUGUGGCAGCCCCCUCAUUAACACAGCAGACGCAGGUGUUCACACACACUUACUCGUCUCUUCCUGAUUUUUUUUUUUUUAAUGGACACCAACUUAAAAUAAUGAUCAAAUUUUAGCUUAUCAACUAUUAUUAUGUGUCCAUCAGUUUCUUUAUAAAGCUCAGUGACAUGCUUUCAUUUGAAAAGUGUAUCACCUCUAAACACUUCUGUUCUACAGUUGCACGUUUUCUUUAUUGUUUAUCAUAUCUUCUUUUUACCAACUUGGCUCUUGUUGAAAUGUGGAUCAACCUGUAAAAUAAUGAGAUGAUUCAGAAUGUUUUGUUUUAUUCAGGGCUUAGCGUGUCUUUAAAUUUCGGCUGCGGUGUCUCUUGGAGACGUUUGUGUU